AUUUGCAUCGCCAUGACUGACCGCUAGAGGCCCCUCUGCUUUCCAGUCACUUUAAAAAUGGCUGACAUAUAACAGCACACCAUCAGGUCUCCACCAGGACUCUUAUAAAAGUUAUCAGGAAUGGCACCGACGCAGACAAACAAAGACAUGGGGAAGACAGACAAGCACAGAGAGCCGAAUGGCCUGAAGGAAAAUGGAGCCUGCCAGAAUAUUUCAGAGACAGAAGAAGAACCUUUGCUGCGAGAGAACCCCAGACGCUUUGUCAUCUUCCCCAUCCAGUACCCUGACAUCUGGAGGAUGUAUAAGAAGGCUCAAGCUUCUUUCUGGACAGUCGAGGAGGUGGACCUUUCCAAAGACCUGCCUCACUGGGACCGACUAAAAUCAGAGGAAAAGCAUUUCAUCUCUCACAUUUUGGCCUUCUUCGCGGCCAGCGACGGCAUCGUCAAUGAGAACCUGGUGCAAAGGUUCUGCCAGGAGGUGCAAGUCCCUGAAGCGCGCUCCUUCUACAGCUUCCAGAUCCUGAUAGAAACAGUUCACUCAGAGAUGUACAGUAUGCUCCUCAACACUUACAUCCAAGACCUGCAGGAAAGGGAGUAUUUAUUUAAUGCCAUCCAAACCAUGCCGUGUGUGAAGCGCAAGGCAGACUGGGCUCUCCAGUGGAUAAAUGACAGCCAGUCCACAUUUGGGGAGAGAAUCGUGGCCUUUGCGGCAGUGGAGGGCAUCUUCUUCUCCGGCUCCUUCGCUGCUAUCUACUGGUUGAAGAAGAGAGGCCUUAUGCCCGGCCUCACCUACUCGAACGAGCUGAUCAGUCGAGAUGAAGGACUCCACUGCGACUUUGCCUGCCUGCUGCAUAGCUACCUCCAGAAAAAGCCCUCAGAGGACCGGGUGAAGGACAUCAUCACCAAGGCUGUUAGCAUUGAACAGGAGUUCUUGACGGAGGCCUUGCCAGUGGAUCUCAUUGGAAUCAACAGCUCUCUGAUGAAGCAGUACAUCGAAUUUGUGGCCGACCGCCUCCUGGUUGACCUGGGAUUAGCCAAGGUUUACAGGGUGGAGAACCCGUUCGACUUCAUGGAAUCCAUUUCCUUGGAGGGAAAGACCAAUUUCUUUGAGAAACGGGUUGGCGAGUACCAGAGAUUUGGAGUCAUGUCCAGCAUGAAGGACUGCGAAUUCACUCUGGACGCAGACUUCUGAUACAACUGUUUGGGAUACGUAUUUGUAUUUUAUCUAGUUAAUUUGCAAAUACCAAAAAAACAAAAAUCUUUGCAGUACUGUCAUUUGGAUUGACAGGUUGAAGCAUUCAUCCAUUUUGUCACAAAGGACUGACAUCACUAUUUAAAAAAGCUGGUUAUUUUUUUGUGAUAUUGGUGUAAAUUUUAAAUUAAUUUAUUGCAAGAGUUUUGUACUUAUUUUAGAAAAAGCUAAGUAUAUUUGAUGGUGUCCACCUCUUCUACAGUGUAUUGUUUGAUCAUUUCUGAAUGUCUGAUGCAAAAAUAAAUAUACUUUAUA